ACACACACACUGACUUGUGCCUUGUGGGAGAAAGUCAUCUCAUCUGCCCAGUAGUAAGACCAUGGCACACUCUGUCGGGAAUGGACAAAACUCGCAGAAAAAUUUUACUUUACGCCUAACAUUAUCUAAAGUUCCUUAAGACUGACCUGAGAUCUAAACGAGUAGCAAUCCUAUCUGAACGGACACUGUUGUAUGAAUGUAUACGAAACCUAAAGAAAUAAAUGUUGGCGGGACUGUAUUUGUUGUUUCAGAGUGAGGAAAUGGGAGGGAUGUAUGCCGCAAGGGUCUGCGCUAGACUCUUACAUCAUGCCCAGCAGACUGCCAUUUUCAGGUCCAGGGUUCCAGUUUCAAGACCUGGCUGCUUACUCACAUUAUCAUCUGGCCCAGUAAGACAGACAAACUCCUCUUCAUCAUCACAAGUUCAAAAUGCAAAAAAUACAAAUCCCUCACAGGAUCUCAUUAUCAGUUCAUCAUGUGUGACCAGACUGAAAGAAAUAAUCCAGAACGACGACCAGUCCUUUCUGAGAGUGAUUGUUGAGGGAGGUGGCUGCUCAGGAUUUCAGUAUAAAUUUGACCUGGACACUGUGGUGCAGGAUGAUGAUAGAAUCUUUGAACAAGACGGAGUGCGGGUAGUGAUUGAUGAAACAUCACUUGACUUUGUACGAGGUUCUACUAUAGAUUACCACACGGAGCUGAUACGAGCAGCAUUCAGGGUCACCAAUAACCCUCAGGCUGAAGGAGGUUGUUCAUGUGGAGCCUCCUUUGCUAUAAAAUUGUAGAUUGUAGGUCAGAUAUGUAUAUACAUUAUUAUAUUCUAUAUAUACGUUUAGAUAUUUUUAUAUUUAGCCUUCUAUGCAAAGGGGGAUAGAUUUUCUAUAAACAUGAAAUAGUAUAUUAUUUCAUAAGGUUAACUACAGAAUCUGUAAUGUAUGUAUGUGUUGAAAAUAAAAAUUGGCAGAAAACCACAGUAAAUUGAUUAGGUCAAGAAAAUCUACGCAGGCUGAUAUAUAUAUAUAUAUAUAUAUAUAUAUAUAUAUAUAUAUAUAUAUAUAUAUAUAUAUAUAUAUAUAUAUAUAUAUAUAUAUAUAUAUAUAUAUAUAUAUAUAUAUAUAUAUAUAUAUAUAUAUAUAUAUAUAUAUAUUAUCCCUUUGAAAUGGUGAUAACACAAACACAGCCAUGUUUUGGAUCAUUGUGAUAAUAGAUAUACUUAGAGAAAAUUGCUAACUCACUCACUUGGUUAUUCUCUUAUUUUUUCACUAAGUGUGGGUAAUAAGGUGAGGAUCUCCCACUACAGGGAAACAUUAGACAAGUUUCAAAACAGAUCACCACACUUGGUUUGGGUGAAAAGAUAGAUAUUGCACUGUAAGUAUUAUUAAUAGUUUAUUUUAAUAUUAUCUAAAUUCAAUCUCCAGAGUAAUUGUAUCAAUAAUAAAAUGUUAUCUGGAAAUACAUUACUGUACAUAUUUGUAACUCGUAAAUUAACUGUGAAUAUAAACAUAUACAUAUG